GUCACCCAAUCUAUCUAAUCUAGCUAACUCUAGAUAAUCUUCUUUUUGUCUCUCUAAAUGGAAUUUUGACAAAACACUAUUAUAUUAGCAUAGAAUGUUUGUUCACAUUCACACUAUUACAAUCUUGUUUACGUGCUUACUAUUUCUAUAAUGAUUUUUGGAUUAUUACAUAGUGAUUGUAAUAGUAUAAACCAUUUACAGUAUUACACUCAUGUUACGCGCUUACUAUUUCUAUAAUGAUUUUGUAACUUAAAAGAAAUUUUGGCAAAUUACUCAAAGCAGUAAGUAAUAAAAAGUUGAUGAUAUUCAUGGCGCGUGGGAUUUGGUUCUGUCUCUUCAGGCUUCUCCUACUCCAUCGUAGAAAGGAUAUAAAAGGAGGGAUAAAAUAUUCAUAUUUCUUUCUUUCUUCUUCUUCUUCUUCUUCCUAGAUUUAUUUGAUACCAACGUGUUAUCCCAACCCUUAAUUCUACUUCUUCCCUAGCUAGUUAAUCAGAUUUCGCCACUUCAUCUCUUUCCUGUAUUGAAGGUGUGAUUCAUUGUUGCCUUGUAGAGCGAGAAAACGACUGUUGAAGACUAAAGAUGCGGAUUUUGUGCGACGCAUGCGAGAACGCCGCCGCUAUUGUCUUUUGCGCUGCCGAUGAAGCUGCCCUUUGCCGCUCCUGCGAUGAGAAAGGAUGGGUUUUGACUCCAAAGUUUGCAUAUUUAGCAUAACUUGUGGAGAAAGAAAAAAAUAAUCAGUUUUCCAGCUCUUUGUUAUUAAUCCUUACUUCAAUUAGAUGACUGACUACUCUUUAAGGGUUCAUAUGUGCAAUAAGCUAGCUAGUCGGCAUGUACGUGUAGGUUUAGCCGAACCAAGCAAUGCCCCAUGCUGUGAUAUAUGCGAAAAUGCACCUGCAUUCUUUUACUGUGAGAUAGAUGGUAGUUCGCUUUGUCUGCAAUGUGACAUGUUAGUACAUGUUGGUGGCAAGCGAACUCACGGCCGCUUUCUUUUGCUCAGACAGCGAAUCGAGUUUCCAGGUGAUAAGCCUAAACCAAACAAUACGAGAGACAACUUGCAAAACCAAAGAGUCUCUGCAAAUGCAAACGGUGAAGCUAAUGGCAAGACUGAUGAUGAAAUGAUUGAUCUAAACGCUAACCCGCAGAGAGUACAUGAGCCAUCAUCAAAUAACCAAGGAAUCGAUGUAAAUAACACGAACAAUCACGAGCCUGCAGGUGUUGGACCCUUUAAACGAGAGUCUGAGAAGUGAUAAUGCAAGAGGCUUGGUUCAUGCAAAAAACUUUGCUGUUGAAGAAAGAAGGAAAGGCUUUUCUUGUUUGUUCAUUAUCUUUUUUUUUUUUGGCUCAACUUCAACUAUUUCAUACAACUAUUUCAUUCACCCAUAAUCUUGGUACAAACAUUUGACCUCACAAGAGUUCUACCACAUAUACAAACAAUGCAUCUUAGUUUAUAGGAAAGGGACUCGCAUGAAUGUAAAAGCUAAUAUAAUCUGAAAUUCUUAAUAAAUUAUUUAUUUCCGGA